UAAAUUUUGGCGAUAUUUCGACGUGUUACGACGGCGUCGCCUUAUUACUUCGCAAUCGCACCGUUCGAGAGUGCGGAGUAAAAUUUUUUUAAAGUAACGCGUCGUUUUUUGCGUGUGUAAGUAAUUCGAGUAAUUUUCGUUGACGGAAGAGUUACAAUACGUGAAACCAAAUUAUUUUGUACAUCUAGGAAUAUAGCUUCUCUGUAACUUUGAGGUUAUACGUUUCAAAUCCUUAUGAGUCAUCAUGUAUAAUGGUAUUGGUUUAGCAACACCACGUGGAAGUGGUACAAAUGGUUACGUACAGCGGAAUCUAUCUUUUAUAAGGAAAAGCAAAGAGAAAGUGAAUUAUCGUACGGAAGAAGAGUUAAAACUAUUAGAUGCAUCAAUAAAUAAGGUACCAAAUAAAGAUAUUCUUGCACAUCAAAGAAAAAGAGAGAUGGAACUGAAGUGUGUUGAAAUGGAAGAAUUAAUGAAAGAACAAGGUUAUUCGCAAGAGGAAAUCGACGAAAAAGUCGCCACUUUUCGUUUUAUGUUGAGCAACAUCGAGGACACCAGAGAGAGAGAGAUUCCGAAAGACGAUCAAGGACGACCGAUCGUCAAGGAAAGCCACCAGAUGGCGGAAGCCAACCGAGAAAAGAAUCGACGAGUGAAAGAAGCUUUUGGUAUCAGUCCGUUUUUCGUAGAGGGCAGUUCCCUGGAUCCCGAUCGGAAAAGAAAGGAGGCGGCGGCGGCCGCCGCCGCUCUGGCUGAAAAGAAUAAACAGUAUGGGUUGGUGAAAGACGACGACGACGAUGACGAUUCACCCCCUCUGGUCGGAGAGAAAGAAAAAGCCAAGAAGAAGAAAAAGUGCAGAGAAGGAUCCGAAAGUCCUGUCCGUGCGAAAAAGAAAAAGUCCUCGAAGAAGCAUAGAAGGGAGCGGUGAGUGACUCAACUAUCUAUUACCAAACAUCCCUUCAUUUAAUAUAUAAAUGAAGUUUAUAAUUAGAUGAAAAUUAUUUGUAUUUAUUGUUUAUAUAAUACGUGCAUAUAUUAU